AUGGCGUCCCAACUGGUCGAGAGCCACCGUGCCGGCGCGGAGGUCGUGAAGGGGGACGAGGCUUGCAAGAAGAGAUCCAUCGAGUUCCUGGAAGAGCUCGGGCUCCCGAAGGGCCUCUUCCCGCUGCAGGACAUGGAGGAGUUUGGGUACAACCGCGAGAGCGGGUUCGCGUGGAUACUCCAGAAGAAGAAGAAAGAGCACACGUUCAAGAAGAUCAAGCAGACUGUCUCCUACGCCACAGAGGUGACCGCCUUCGUCGAAAAGGGGAAGAUCAAGAAGGUCAGCGGGAUCAAGACCAAGGAGCUGUUCCUGUGGCUCAGUCUGGUCGAGGUCUAUCUUGACGAGUCCUGUGCUGACAAGGUCACCUUCAAGACUGGUACCGGUCUGUCUGACACCUUCGAUGCGGCGGCGUUCGAGAUCGGAGAAUAGGGAGCAUGGC